UUUAGUCUUACUUUUAAGUCUUACUUUUACUGUUAAGGUUGUUUAACUUAAUUGCCUCAACACUGUCAACCGCGAUCGAUCUUCCAAUUCAGCAACAUGAAACUCUUCACCAUCUCAGCAUCCCUCGAUCGCGAGCUUCAGCCAUCGCCGGAAAUGAAAGAUUCAGUGACGGCCAUGGAGAAAAUCGUAGGUCACAACUUCAAGAACAAGAGGCUCCUAGAGGAAGCUCUCACACACUCCUCCAUCACUUACUUUCCCUCGUAUAAGCGUCUCGCGGUGCUCGGCGACGCCGCCCUUGGCCUCGCUAUGAGUAAUCACCUCUUUCUUGCUUACCCCAAUAUGGAUCAAGGCAACUUCACUGAGCUCCGCUCCGCAAAUGUUAGUAGGGGGAAGUUCGCAUGCGCCGCUGUAAAACAUGGUUUUUAUGGCUGCCUUCGCCACAGAUCACCUGCUCUCGAUAAUGAGGUAACGGAGUUUGCCAGAGAGGUAUCGAUAUGGAAUGGAAAAAAUGAGCCGACACUUGUAUAUGAUGGGGCUAUACAACCCAGUCGUGUUCUUGCAGAAAUUGUGGAGGCAGUGGCAGCUGCUGUAUACAUUGACUUGAACUUUGAUCUGGACAAACUAUGGAUGAAAUUCAAGCAUCUUUUGGAGCCUAUAGUUACUCUCGAGGGAUUGCCACAUCACCCUGUGACAGUGUUGUUUAAGUUUUGCCAAAAGCAUGGAAUGCGUGUUGAAAUCCAGGGGUCGAGAAAUAAUACCGAAAAUUUAAGUAUUGCUUGUGUACGUGUUGAUGGUUACAUCGUUGCCUCGGCUUCUUAUAAGCAUAUGGAAAUUGCUAGGCUUUCUGCUGCACGAACAGCUCUAUCUGAGUUGUCCAAUUCAUUCGGCAUAAGCUGUAAGUCGGUUAAAGUUGUUACAGAAAAUGAAGCUAAACAGAAUUUGAAUGUGCUUUGUGACAAGAAGAGGAUCCCUAAACCAACUUACAAAAUUGAGAAAGAAUCUGGUCCUGCACAUGAGAAGAGAUUUGUAUCAUCAGUUGAAAUUGCAACUGUAGAGCUAAAAAUGAUGGGAGAUGAAAGGUCGACAAUAAAAGAUGCGCAGAAUUCUGCGGCUGCCUUGAUGAUCCUUGGUUUACUACAAUCUGAUACUAUGACCAACACCAAAGAAGCAGGUAAUAGUAGGAUUGGUUAUUUUCCCUCAGUACUCUACAGACUUGUGUUAUGAUUCGUUGGGUGACGAGGCUGCUUGUUUUUUGUUUCAAAGGAAUAAGUCUGUUAGUUAUUUUCUUUACCGUGGUCAAAUUAGUUAUUGGGUAGCCUUUCUCUUUAUUUCCAUAUUUGGAGGUCACUCUUGAUUCCUCUUGGAAUUUCAAAGAGCUUGUUUGUAUGGCCUCGUUCGAUGUUCAGGACUAAAUAAGAAUGUUGGUCAUGGAUUAUAGGAAAAUAAUGUGUUUCGUGCCUACAGGAUUUAGGUUAGGAUUUGAUCCUGUAACAUGUGGUUUGUGCUCACCAUAGUUUUCGGACCGGGUGUGCCCUGUUUCAAGUGUUGGCAUGAUUGGAUAGAGUUUACUGGCAGUUUAAGUUCGACAGAGCACUUUUGUAUCAAAAUUUAUAUGAUCUAAAACAAGUGACCUACAAUCAACAAUAGAAAAUGAAGUAUAGUUUUAUGCUAGUCUAGGAGCUCAAUUUUAUGGUUUUUUUUUUUAAAAAAAAACUUAAAGGUGAUAGUCCUGCGAUGGCUCGGAGACAUGGAGAGACAAAAUGAAACAAGUGAAAGAUUGUCCUUGUCUCGGCUCUUAAAGCUACCAGAGCAGAUUAGGCAUAGAAGUACUCUUUAAAAGUUGAAGUCGUCAAUUAGGUGGUUUCACUGCUAACAUUAAUUGUUGCAGGUGAGGUAUGGUGCUUAGUCAGUGCAAGGAGCUUACCUAGAGAUUGUUGAGAAUGAAUCCCACAUCGAUGGAGGAGAUAUCUUGCAUGAAGCUAAAUGGUAUCAAAGCACUACGUCCUCAGCCAAAUGGUCACAUGCCCUCUACGUCACCCCAUUUCUAUUGUUGCUAGGCUUGAUCAAUAUAGCCACUUCCCUCCACUUUGCAUGGUUGUUCUUCACCGUAUAAUAGCCCCUCACUCUCCUUAUCCAUUACAAAUUUUACAACCUCGCUUAAGCUCUCCUUUGAAAACCGCCCAUCUUCUUCUCUCUCCACCUCCAUAGCAACCUUGAGCUCUUUAACCAUCAACUUGGUUACCAAGAUCUGGUUCACCAGUCGUGGAACCAGAACAAUCUGAUUUUCACUCAACAAAGACUCCAGCAUUGACCCAAACCCACAGUGAACAAAGAACCAACUGCUGGGCGGCGCAAGAUCGACGUUAGGCUGUUUAGUGAUGGCUGAGGGAGCAGGAGGAUUUCAUUGUCAGUCGAGCUUUAUGGCGGAGGCAGAAGCUAUGCGCACUGGCCUCACUGAAUGUUUGGAAAAGGGGUUACGGAAGAUUGAAGUAGAAGUGGAUGCGAAAGGUCUGGUUGAGAUGCUGAAAAGUGGAGAGGUUUUGGAUACAUCGGUGGAAGGUAUUCUAACGCAAAAUCAAUUGUUAAAAGUUGAGAAACUCAAGAUGUUUAAACUUUUGAUGCAAAUGGGGAAUCGAUUCCGAUGAUUCAUCAACCAAUCCCUACACGACAACCUCGGCCACACUGUAUUACCCUUAUUCUUUUUUCUUUUCCUUUAACAUUCUUUUCCGCAAAUAGGGAAUAGAUCCCUUACUUUGACUAUUAAGAUUGCUUAACUGCUUUCCAUUA